AGAACUUGACCUAUAUCGGUUACCAGAAUUUGCCCUAGAGCGUUGUACAGGUAACACUCUUGUUAGAUCAUCAUCAUCAGUGUCGCUGUUACUACUACUGCUCAUGGUUUUGAAUAAACUUCGAGUACCAGGACUGCUACUACUGCUCAUGAUUUUUUUCUUUAUCUUGUGAGUGAUGUUCUUCGUCGUAACUCGUAAGCUAAUUAAAUAACAACUCUAAACCCUAGAAUAUAGCAAAAUUAAAAACCGCUAAGAUAUAGGAUUUGUAAAUAUUUCGAAUCCUAACAGUUAAAGGAUAACUUCUAUUUCUUUGACAUAGGUAACAUGUCAACCUAGUUAUUUUAAAACAGUGUAAUCUGUUAUAGAUUAUUUUCCAAAUUAUAAAAAAAAAUUAAGUAAAUUAAACUAAUAAAUUUUUUUUGACCCUAAUAAUUUAAGGACAAUAGUGGAAUCUGUUAUAUAUUCUAUCAGUUUCGAUUUUUCUUAGAUUUUUGUAUUUUAAAAAUACACAUGAUAUCUAAAAUACUUUUUACAAUACUAUAAUUUGAAAAGAAUAAAUAAUAUAUGUAGUAGUUAUCUAUUUAAUAUGACUAAAACAGGUAAAUAAACAAAAAAAAAUUUUGAAAACAAAAUAUGUGUAAAACAAAUAAAAUUUUAAAAAUAUUUAUUUUUAUGGAAUGGUGAGAGUAUUAUGUAAAAAAAUACAAUUUUUAAUACGAGAUAUUUUUUUUGUUGAAAACAUACAGUUUUUCUUUUGUAGAUGAAUAUGGCGAAUACUUAGACAAAGAUAUUGCCAGGAGGACAGAGUAAUAACAAUGUCGGAAGCAUCUCUUCUUGCUUCUCCUUUUCUCCACUCAAACAGUGGGAUCCAUUCAGAUUCUUUCUACGCCUCGCUUAUCGGCAGCUCCACUCACAAACCUCAGCUUAGGCAAAUCCACGCACGUUUAUUUGUAUUGGGUUUGCAGCUCAGCAGUUUCUUGAUCACCAAGCUCAUUCACGCAAGCUCUUCCUUUGGUGACAUAUGCUUCGCACGCAAGGUGUUCGACGAUUUGCCUCGCCCUCAGAUAUUCCCUUGGAAUGCUAUUAUAACGGGUUAUUCAAGAAACAAUCUCUUCCAAGAUGCGCUUCUCAUGUAUUCAAAGAUGCAACUCGCUCGCGUCUCUCCUGAUUCUUUCACUUUCCCACACCUUCUCAAAGCUUGCAGCGGUUUGCCUAACCUUCAGAUGGGUCGGCUCGUGCAUGCUCAGGUGCUCAGGCUCGGUUUCGAAGCUGAUGGGUUUGUUCAGAACGGUCUCAUCGCCUUGUACGCGAAGUGCAGGCGUAUGGGGAGUGCGAGAACCGUGUUUGAAGGACUGCCAGUGUCUAAGAGAACAGUAGUCUCGUGGACGGCUAUUGUUUCGGCUUAUGCUCAGAACGGUGAGCCUCUGGAGGCGUUAGAGAUUUUCAGUCAGAUGAGGAAGAUGGACGUGGAGCUUGAUUGUGUAGCUCUCGUCAGCGUUCUCAAUGCUUUCACGUGCCUGCAGGAUUUGGAGCAAGGGAGAGCUGUUCAUGGUUCUGUUGUGAAGAUGGGUCUUGAAACAGAGCCUGACUUGCUCAUCUCUCUCAACACCAUGUACGCAAAGUGUGGCCAAGUCGAAACCGCCAAGAUUCUGUUUGGUAAGAUGAAGUCACCGAACUUGAUUUUGUGGAACGCCAUGAUCUCUGGGUAUGCGAAGAACGGUUAUGCCAAAGACGCUAUUGAUGCGUUUCAUGAGAUGAUCAAUAAAGGUGUAAGACCUAACACCAUUUCCAUAACAUCUGCCGUUUCGGCUUGUGCUCAAGUAGGUUCUCUUGAGCAGGCUCGCUGGAUGGACGAGUAUGUAGGCAGGAGCGACUACAGGGAUGAUGUUUUUAUUAGCAGCGCUUUAAUCGAUAUGUUUGCUAAAUGUGGAAGUGUAGAGUGCGCAAGAUCAGUUUUCGACAGAACACUCGAUAGAGAUGUUGUGGUCUGGAGUGCUAUGAUCGUUGGGUAUGGACUGCACGGGCGUGCAAGAGAAGCAAUCAGUCUAUACCGUGCGAUGGAGCGUGGUGGAGUACAACCCAAUGACGUCACUUUCCUGGGGCUUCUCAUGGCUUGUAACCAUUCAGGCUUAGUAAGAGAAGGCUGGUGGUUCUUCAACAGGAUGACAGACCACAAAAUCAACCCGCAGCAGCAACACUAUGCAUGCGUCAUCGAUCUUCUCGGGCGUGCUGGUCAUCUUGAUCAAGCUUACGAGGUGAUCAGAUGCAUGCCUAUCCAGCCCGGUGUAACGGUUUGGGGAGCGCUCCUAAGCGCGUGCAAGAAGCAUCGCCACGUGGGUUUGGGAGAGUACGCAGCUCAACAACUUUUCUCAAUAGACCCAACCAACACUGGCCAUUACGUGCAGCUCUCUAAUCUGUAUGCUGCAGCUCGUUUGUGGGACCGCGUUGCAGAGGUGCGACUGAGAAUGAAGGAGAAGGGAUUGAGCAAAGACGUUGGAUGCAGCUGGGUUGAAGUAAGGGGAAGGUUGGAGGCUUUUCGAGUUGGUGAUAAGUCGCAUCCAAGAUAUGAAGAGAUUGAGAGACAAGUGGAGUGGAUUGAGAAUAAACUGAAGGAAAGUGGAUUUGUGGCGUACAAGGACGCUUCGUUGCACGAUCUCAACGAUGAAGAAGCUGAGGAGACUCUGUGCAGCCACAGCGAGAGGAUAGCCAUUGCAUAUGGACUUGUAAGUACGCCCCAAGGGACAACACUGCGAAUCACAAAGAAUCUGAGAGCUUGUGUGAACUGUCACGCAGCUACAAAAGUCAUCUCGAAGCUUGUGGGUAGAGAGAUUGUUGUGAGAGACACCAAUCGGUUCCACCAUUUCAAGGAUGGAGUUUGUUCGUGCGGUGAUUAUUGGUAAUAGAAAAUAGAAACUGGAUUAGUCUGAAAGUUGGAACAUCUUAGUUAUUUGAUCAUCAAAAUAAGAGGAUGAAGAUUCAGACAAGAACACACAAGUCUAUUCAUAAAUAAUGAGCAAGGACCACUGUAAAAA